AUGGUCAAAGCCGUUGCCGUUGUCCGUGGGGACUCCAACGUCAAGGGCACCGUCACCUUUGAGCAAACUUCCGAAUCAUCGCCCACUAGCAUCUCAUGGGACAUUACAGGCCAUGAUGCAAAUGCAGAGCGUGGCAUGCAUAUACAUCAGUUCGGAGACAACACAAACGGAUGCACAAGUGCUGGACCACAUUUCAACCCUUUCGGCAAACAGCAUGGUGCUCCAGAAGACGACGAACGCCAUGUCGGAGACCUAGGCAACUUCAAGACAGAUGGUCAGGGCAAUGCAAAGGGCAGUGUCGAGGACAAGCACAUCAAGCUCAUUGGAGAGCAAAGUGUUCUAGGUCGUACAAUAGUGAUCCAUGCCGGCACAGACGACCUCGGUAAAGGAGGCACCGAAGAAUCCAAGAAGACAGGUAAUGCCGGUCCACGCCCUGCAUGCGGUGUCAUUGGCAUCGCAUCGUAA